CAUUUAAUAACAAUGGCCGUCAGCCUCAUUAAAAAACUGUCCACGAGAGAAUUAACAGGUCGUUUUAGCCUCCGUAAAUCAGAAUCUCAGUGGAAACCCUUUUCUAAAAUACCUGGACGAUUAUGCUAUAGACUGAAAUACUUGGUUCCAUCAUGUGUGCUAGAUGAAGGGUAUGUGUUUCUAGGUUUCAGUAAGUCUGGACAGUUUGUAAUAUCCUACUCUUUACAAAUAGAUGCAGAUGAGCACUCAUUAUACCCCGAUCAUGUUUACAGACUACAGUGGUGGCUCUUUAUUCCAUGCAAAAGAUUACAAUUGGUAUCUGAAGUUCGACUGUUUGGUGAAGACAAUAUUUUUCACUCUUUGUUUAUUGCCUAUUGUGAAUGGCCUGAAGACAGAACCAAAAUUACCAUUUACGGCCAUAGCACACCACCUGCUGGAGAAGAUGGCUGUCAGUGUUAUCUGACUGUGACUGCAGUGCCAUCACUUGGGGAAUGUCAUGACUGUCAAAUGCGAUCACAUGUUGUUGCGCAAGUCCCUUCUAUACAGCAGUGCCUUCGUCACAGUUUCUGUGUGCACUCCAAAUUUGAGCUGGCACCGCCUUUCCCCUUUUUCUCACCCAGGGUGCAGUUGCGUGUUGAUGGUAUAGCAGUUCUGAACACUGGAGACUCAAUUGUUGCAUUACAGGUUGAUACCCAGCUCCCACUGAACAGUUUUGACACCGAGGGCCGUCUGGCUAUGGAUCAAGAGGAAAUCCAGUCCAAAGCUGGUUUAGAGAAAGUGAUCCUUGGGGCAGAUCUCUCCAUCUUUGGCACAGUGAGCACAUACUUCACAGAACAAGAGGAACCCUGUCAAGAUCUCAGCCCCAAACAUCGAAACAGUUCUGACUCUCCUCUUUUAAUCGAAGAGGAGGGGGAGAAUUUUUACUCUGCUGACAUAUCCGAGCACAGCGACACAGAUCAGAGUGAAUCAAAAUCCACAAAAUCCAGCUGUGAUAGGUCCCGGCCGUCAUGUGACAAAUGUUUAUUUGGGGCGGGCGGGAACCCUAAGCCUGGCUCAAACUGCGGCUGUUCCCUUGUUUCUAGCCACCGGCCAGCAUUACGAACAAAAAACCUGAGCAACAGUAACAACGAAACAGCAUUGCCAGUUAAGACUAGUUCCAGUCACUGCCACCCUAGUCAUGAAUGCCUUUCUCCAAAGUCACCCAGGUCCCCGAAAAGCUCGGGUUGUACAGACUCAGCCAACAGAGUGUCACUUCUCUUUGGCCCAUCUAAUUCCAGUAACAUAAACCAUGUUUCCAGUAGCAUAUCUGUGAUGACUGGGCCGCAGCCCAAUGAAAGGUUAGCAGAGCUGGCUCAGGCAGCGGAAAAUAUUAUGUCACCUCCACCACCAGUUGUUCAAGUCCAAAGCCCCAGCAUUGAAAUCAGUAGCAACAGAAGUCAAACCGACCUGGAAGAUUUGUCGUCCAUACGCUUGUCAUCCCAGCGCUCUUUCUUCUCCCCCAGCAGCAGUGCUGCGUCUGACUGCCAGUCUCAGAGCUCAGAAAGUGUCAUAGUUCACACCACACACACCCGCACCGUCACAUUCUCAGUGCGCAGGUUCUCCACAUGUAACCAGGAGGCUGAGGCUGAGUCCCCCACACCAGCUGAAGAUGAUUAUGACCUGGCAUAUAAAAGUAUUUUGCCUGUGCAAGUGGUUUGGAAUAAAAUGCCUUUGAACAUUAUCAGAACUGUUAGAAGUGAUAUGUCUUUGAUUACUGUACUACAGAUGACAUUUGAUAUUGAGCACUAUAUGGUUGAAGCCAUUAGACAUGAUGCUGACUGGAGCCAACGUUACGUGGCAUUUUGGAACUAUGAUCUCCAGAUUUUAGAUGUGUGUCCAAACAGUCAAAGUGUGUAUGGUACAGUAUAUGCAUUGAUACGAGCCAAAGAUACAUUAGACAGGAGUAAAAUGAGUCGUAUGAUGGUGAAAUUAUAUCAAACACAGUUUACCUUUGUCUUCAACUUAUGUACAGGGUUGUAUUCCACACUUUUUAUUGAACCUUUAUCUGAGGUGGAUGAAAGAAUACUAAGGGGUCGAGACUGGAACUCACCAGGGAGUAAAGAAUGUUGUCUUUUACGCCGCAAAGCAGCUGUUCCUCAGUCAUUUUAUACAAGUGUUCAUGUCCUUUCCAAUGAAGCUGUGUUUAAAGAUAAGUCAUUGUCAAUGCUGGUUGCACCAUAUCAGUACACUGCCAUCAUGUUGUGAAUGGAGAAAAUAUUCUGGCUUUACAAGUAACAAGAAGUUUGGUGCUCAGCAAUUAACCAAAUGUAGUAUAGCUAGUUUGGCUGAGAACUUCAACCUUUAAAAAAUCGCUAAGCCUUACUUUAGUACAACUCAGAGGAUUAAAUUAUUAUUGUUUAUCUGCGCUGUACAAAUAUUUGGGUAUUGCUCAUCAGUAAGAUCGGGAAAUAUUAAAUAACACUGUUCAGAAUAGAUAAAAGUUUUUACAUGUAGAAAAAUUUAAAUAAUAAUGCGAAGUGCAUGUUGUUAUUGAUUCAUUUUAAAAAAAAUAUCCCAAUAAAUGAUUAAAUUCUCUUAGUAUCACUGCUGAAGUUAAUUUAUUAUAAACAAUUGAAUCUCUAAGCUUGUAGAUGCUUUACCUUUUACUUGUAACAUUUUGUGUGUGCAGGGCUAUGCUCAACAGUUUGUUUAAAUAUAAUGGCUUGGAGCAAGAAAAAAUAUAAACACAUUUUAAUAUUUUAAAGUAUGUCUUUGAAUUUUUACAGUUAAGCUCUAAAUUUAAAGUACACCAGUAAGUAAAAAUGUUUUUUUUUCUAUAUUGGGGUAAAUACUACUUUUUUUAAAUUAGCAUUUCCUUCUAAUAUAUUAUAACAAAGAACAAAGUAGUGCGGCUGAUGGAUGUUUGGUCUUAUGAUCUAAAAAAUUUUUUCCAUUCAUAGACUUAUCAAAAACCACUCAUAUCAUUUUACUAUCACACAUUAUAUUAUCUACAUUAUGUUUUAGUAUGUCACCUUGAUUGUAAAGAACAAGUGACAUCAGUUCUGACAUCAAUUCACUGUUAAGUACAGAUCAUUACUUCCCCUUACAAUUAUUUCUCAUUACCUCCCCUCACAAAUAUUUGACACACCUCUUGACUGUGUAGCACAAUAACCUUUAAUGUAGACUUUUUUAAGAAUCACUGAAUGGAUCUCACUAUUACAUUUUUUAAUGUUGAUGUAUUAAAAUAAACACUGCUUUGUAACUUGGUGAUACAUUAAAACUUUGAUGUACUGUAGACUUUCAUUUGUAAUGUUCAGUAGUUAAAUUGUAGUAUGUGAUUUGGGGAUGCGUAUACAUACAAAAUUUUGAAUGGAGCUAUUCCUUAAGGUAGUUUAUUUUUACAUACACUUUUUCUUUGUUUCAAGGGCUUCUAGGCUCAUGAUUUCAUAGGUAACAUUUUGACAUGAAAUCUGUUAUGUGACUUUAAAAAUUCAGCUUUUACCUAGUAAGGAUAAAUAGCAGAGACCUCUCAAUAUUUGUUUAAAUACUAUUUAUAAUGUAAUUGAUUACAAUAAUAAUCAUACACUCAUUUGUGGAUUUAACUGAAGCAGCAAACCUGUAGUAUCAAAAUUAUUGAAAGAAUGAGUUGGGGAAAAUGUUGAAAUUCAGUAUUUUAUCUGUCAUUUAUUUUAAGGAAUGUGAAUAAAUGAACAACUAAUUUACAAUCUGCUCGUAAGAUUUUUCAAAAAUAAUAAAUGAAGGUAUAAUUUUGUUUAUAUUCAUCCCACAUGAGGUUUGAACAAUAAUUUUAUUUUUAAACUAAUUUUUUCAUUUUUUUUUUGUUU